UCUUAGGCCUCCCCGCCCCAAGAUCACGGUGCCUCCACGUGGGUCGCGGGACCCUCGACCACCGCUCUGCCUGCAUCACAAUGGCGUGUGACGUCGCUCCUCACCGUAUAAAAUAAUCCUUCGGGGAUCUUGGGGCUGUGGGGCCUCCAAAGGUCAGCUUGGCCCUGUUACCCCCAUAAGAUGGCCUCACCUCUUCGGGGAAAGCCCUCUCCGGCCCGGGCGGAAUCCAUCCGCUCCGAGGAGAAGGCGACGGUCAGCGUGGAGACCUCGUCCCACCGCGUGGAGACCUCGUCCCACCGCGUGGAGACAUCCUACCGUCACGUGCGAACAUCUUCCCGGCAGAUGGAGACCACCCAUCGCAGCAGCGAGGGGCCCUCCGUCUCCCCCUCUGGGAAGCGACUCCCUCGAGUCCUCGAGGUGUCCUCCCAGCACGUGGAAACCGCCUCGCAGCUCACAGAGACGGCUUCCCGCCACGUCAGGGCCUCGUCCCUGCGUGUGGAGACGUCUGUGCACCGCGUGGAGAGCCCGCCGAGGCGGGAGAAGCCGGCCGCCCGCCAAAACGUCCAAAAGGCCCGAUGAAAUGCUGCCUUCCUUGGGGCCACAAGAGGGCCAUGGCCCUUGGCCAGGGCAGAAUCGCCUCCAGUUCGCAGCCUGCCUGCUGCCAGGUGGACCGAUCAUCUUUGGUUUCCUGGAAACAGUCCACAAAUCAAUUUAAGAAAGAGCCAAGCUGCGGUUUCAGGACUUAGCCAACAUUCAUUGACCCUCCUGCACCUUGGACCAAAGGCAAGCCUUUGACCCAGUGAACCAUUUUAAUUUGAAGCCAGCAUAAAAAGUUUUUAGGCUGUAGAUACUGUAUGUUAAGCUGAUGGAAAAGAGACUGUUUGAGCCUCCAGACUGACCUUACCACUGACUGAGAAACUAGACCUCCGAUAAGUGAAUUCAUCCCUUUGGGCCUCACUGCCCCCACUGAAAAUGAGAUGUUUGGACCAAUCUUUGAAUAUGUGAUUCCCAAAGUGAGGAAUGCAGACACUGCUGCAAGAUGAUUUUAGGAGACACGUGGCUGAUCCGUGACGGUCCUGGACGAGCCCUGACAAGCUGCCGGCUGGACCCAGACACUGGGCCCUCCCCAGUGAAUUCAGACAAGGUUCUUCCUUCCAGCGGGGGCUCCUCUAGGCUGACCUCCCAGGAAAUGGCUGGGAAUGGCCAGGCUGUCCCUCCUCAGUGAGCCCCUCUAAUGAUGCAUUCCAGGCUCUCCAUCCUCGGGACAACGCGCCAAAUAGACCUGCAUGUCCUGGCAGUUGGGAAUGUGGGGUCUGACAGAGCCAGUGAGCGGGGUCCCAAAGUCAAGAUAGGGACCCCCAGCAGAGGGGCCCAUAGAGGCCAAUGGCUCCAGCGAGCCCUUUGCCCAAAGUGGCAGAAAGAGCUCGCUUCUCAGGCAGAAAACCCCCUUGGCCCCAGGUAGAUGGAGAGCACCCAGCACUCCAUAGUGUGGCAGGGAUGGGGGGCUGGCACACUGCUCCACUUCCAAUGGUCUUGAAGGUUCUUGGGCACUUGGGAAGAUUCCAGAAAGACUUCAGAAAAGCAGCUGACCUCAAGGGGAGCUCUGCACACGCACUCGGUGAACCCCCAGGCUUGGCGAGUUGCUGACUCCAGGCACCAGAUCUGCCUGCCGCCACUUGUCACUGAAGGCAGACGGGCCUUGGGGGGUCUGGGCCUCUGCAGUCACCUCUCAGACUCCGUGGAUGGUUCUAGAACAUUAGAGUCAGAGAGAUUGUUAAAAGCCAGACAGGAACUCUAACAUCAAGUGUUCUGCCCUUUCAUUUAAUGUUUUCAACAUAACUCAGCUCUUUCUAAAACCAUUAUUAUAUAACAAAUGCAUGAAAAAAGUCAAAGUGUUAGUUGCUCACUUGCGUCUGACUCUUUGUGACCCCAUGGACUGUAGCCCACCAGGAUUCUCUGUCCAUGGAAUUCUCCAGGCAAGAAUACUGGAGUAUAUAGCCAUUCCCUUCUCCAGGGAAUCGUCCUAACCCAGGGAUCGAACCCGUGUCUCCGUGAUUGCAGGCAGAUUCUUUACCGACUGAGCCACCAAGGAAGGCCAUAAAAAUGCAUGCCCACUCUUAAAUAUUUGGAAAAUACAGAAAACAACAAAGAAGGGAAUACAAUACCAUAGAUUCACCAAAGAUCAUUUUAAUUAUAGGUAAAAAUAAUAUUUUUAUUAUCACCAAGAUCAUACAGUAUAUAUUAUACAAUUUUGUAUGUAUUUUAUUCACUUUAAAUUAUACAUUAUAAGCAUUUUCAACAUAGUGAAAUAUUCUUCAUAAACACUUUUAAUUCUUACAUACAAGUUUUGAGUGAGACACACAAAUAAAUACUGAGUUAGCCAAAAAGUUAAUUUGUUUGGGGUUUACUAUGGAAAACCCUGGAUGAACUUUUUGGCUAACCCAAUACUUACUGUUAUCCCAGUGUUUGUCAUCUAUGUUUUUUGUUUUUCAAGGAUGUAAAAACACACCGGGGUGGCGGGGAAACACUGAGGUAAAAAUCUUUUCAAUAUAAAUUUUUGUCCACAAUUUGAAUUUUCCCUUAGAUUAUUCAUACACAUAGGGUAUAAACGUUUUUAGUCUUUCGACUUUGCUUUCCAGAAAGGUUGAGCUAAUAACACAUAUUUGUCUCACCACAUACAACUACAUGAAGAAAUAUCACUUUAAAA